AUGUCACUUUUACGAAAGACUGACUGCCACCCUGGAAAAGUUCAGAUGUGUACAGCUACAGAGGAAAUAUGUACUGAAAAUCUGGCAGGAUUGAGGAGCUCAGAGAAAGGAAAUGAAAGCACCACCACAGCCAAAAGGGUUGGUUCAGGAGAGAUCAUCAGGCCACUAGUUUUCCGGCUACAUGAUAGCGUUCCUGCAUUGGUCCGUGAGAUUUUACUGGAAUGUGGCUGGGUUGAGUAUGAUGAGCACGAGCAAGAUAAUGAGGACUGGAAUCUAUACUGGCAGAAUCAUCCUUUCCGGAUGACAGAGCACCGGGGCAUUAAACCAUGGCAGAGGCUCAAUCAUCACCCAGAAACGAUCAGGAUCACCAGGAAAGACUAUUUGGCAAGACACCUGAAACGCAUGAAAGGAAUUUAUGGAACAGCUCUCUACGAGUUCAGUCCAGCAGCUUUCAUCAUGCCCAAUGACUACAUCAAAUUCAUAACAGAGUACACCAAGGAGAGGCAAACGCCAGGCAAAAAGCUGAGUUACUGGAUCUGCAAGCCUGUCGACAGGUCUCGUGGAAGGGGCAUCCUAAUUUUUCAGGACAUUAAAGACUUUGUUUAUGACUGCAUGGUCAUUGUGCAGAAGUACAUCAGCAACCCCUUGCUUAUUUCUGGGUACAAGUGGGAUCUCCGUCUUUACGUCUGUGUCACAAGUUUCUGUCCCCUCACUAUUUAUACCUACGAAGAAGGGCUGGUGAGGUUUGCCACAGAGAAGUUUGACCUCGAAUGCCUAGACAAUGUUUAUGCCCACUUGACAAACACCAGCAUCAAUAAAUUUGGACCCUCAUACACCAAGGAUAAAGAUGUCAUUGGCUCUGGUUGCAAAUGGACUUUUAGCCGUUUCCGGGCCUACCUACGUAGCCGCAAUGUGGAUGACCUGCGCUUGUGGAAGAGGAUCAACCACAUUGUCACACUUACCUUGCUCGCCAUCACCCCGUCCGUACCAUUUACCUCAAAUUGCUUUGAGCUCUUUGGAUUUGACAUUCUGGUUGACGACAAGUUGAAGCCCUGGCUUCUGGAAGUGAAUCACAGCCCAGGCUUGCGUUUGGACUGUGCCACUGACGCAACUGUGAAAAGGAGUUUGCUCCAUGACGUCAUCGACCUGCUAAACUACAAGGAGGCCGACACUUUGAGGAAAAACAAAGGGGUCAACCGGAAGUUUUCAUGCUUUAGCCAAACCAGCUGUCUGUUGACUACCCAGGCAGAGGUCUCGCUGGACUUCAUGACUUGUGGAAAGGGGAUUAAGUCUGCAGCCACUUCCCCUUCCCCGUCACUCCUGAAGAUUAAUAAAAGCACCCCAUCCUUUGGCAGGACAGCCAGUGCAUACCCAAAGAAAACCUUGACCUCGCAGCUGCGUGAGAGGAUGAACAUGCCGAAAACGCCCCUGCCAUCAAAGCCAUCCCCUAAAAGCAAGCAGACCUUAAGAACUAGUUCCUCUCUCUGUGAGCCUGUUCACUCUACCUGCUGGUUUCACUCGCCUGAGCUCUAUGCCCAUAAGCCAUCUAUCCCUCCAUACUUUCUCUCAGAUAAAGACAAAAAGCCAUUCCCCCGAGUAGGUGACUUUGUCCUCAUAUUUCCUUUCAAUGAUGCGACACUCGAAGCAUCUAGGAAUGGGAUAAAUGUCAAAAAUGUAAUACAAGAAAUGCACAAAUUAAGGAGCAAAGAAUUGCAACCAGAACACCAGAAAUUAAAUAAAAACUUAUUUAAUCUGUAG